AAUCUGAAAUUUACUAAAAAGUUUCCGGAUGCAGGAGUAUGUUAUAGCUACUGCCCAUAGACAUAUCGCUGCAGUCACUGGUGUCCUACCGAGGAAGAUUCGUUGGGAUUAGUUUAAAAAAAAAGAGACUGAAAGUAUCCUGUGUUGGAGGGCGAACUGGUGAUGGAUACUAAGUUGUGUGCGGCCAGCGUAUGGCUGUCGUUGUUGUUGAUUCUGACUGUGGGAUGGACGCUGACGGGAGCGCAACAGCAACAGAGGCCCGACUUCAACCCAUGUCUGGGGAAAACUGAAUGUGGGGAAUGCAUAGGUGUAGCGGCAUUCUGCGCCUGGUGCCAAAAAGAGGUGUACACGUCCAUUCGGUGUGACAUGCUGGCAAAUCACCAGGCUAACGGGUGUGAUAAUGUCACAGAUCUCGUCAAUCCAAACAAUGAAAUGCAGAUUUUAAUGAACAACCCUGUAAGAGAUGCCCAAGAUAUCGUUGAUAGAGCGAUCCAGAUUCAGCCACAGAGACUGUCUUUAAAGCUAAGGCCAAAUAAACCAUUUCGAAUUCCUGUGAAAUUCCGCCAAGCUGCCAAUUACCCCGUGGACUUGUACUUCCUGAUGGAUUUGAGCCGUUCAAUGAAGGAUGAUCAACAAAAGACUGCUGAGCUGGCAGCAAAUUUAGCUAAAAAUAUGCUUAAUCUAACCAAUAACGUUCGAUUUGGUUUUGGGAGCUUUGUAGACAAGAUUGCCUUGCCCUUCACAAGCACAGAGCCUUCCAAACUAAAGAACCCAUGUUCAGAUUGUGGACCCCCGUAUUCAUUCCGACAUCUGUUAAGUCUCACCCCGAACGUCACACAGUUCAAGAACAUCGUAGACAAAGGAGAAAUAUCUGGUAACCUGGAUUCGCCGGAAGGAGGGCUGGACGCUAUGAUGCAGGUCCUAGCGUGUAGGAAAGAGAUAGGCUGGCGAGAUGUGUCAAGAAAACUACUCAUCUAUUCCUCAGACGCCUCAUUCCACUCGGCUGGAGAUGGCAAGUUGGCAGGUAUCGUGAUGCCGAAUGAUGGUCAGUGUCACCUGGACGAUAAAGGGUUGUACACCGAAGAUCUCAAUCAGGAUUAUCCUUCAGUUGGGCAAAUGAGGGAGAUAAUCCGUGAGAAGAAGAUUAACGUGAUCUUCGCAAUCCCGCGAUCUUAUAGUCAGACUUACAAGGGGCUAUCAGAGGUCCUUGAGGGCUCCACAGUAGGCACGCUGUCGCAGGACUCGGGCAAUAUCGUGGAACUGGUCAGAGAAAACUACAAGAAAAUCUCCUCAACGGUUGAACUUCGGGCCAACAACACUGACGGAGUGACGAUUAGUUAUCAAUCGAUGUGCUUAGGAUACGCUUGUGGGGUGUGCAAGUGCAAUGAGGGCAGAAGAGGUCGGCUCUGUGAGUGUGAGGAGAGCCAGCUGGAUGACAACGAGCAGCAAGGAAACUGCCAACACCACAACUCGUCACUUUUGUGUUCUGGACAUGGGGAGUGCGUGUGUGGCCAGUGCUUCUGUAACCCGCGGUCCCCGAACUCCGUGGAGAGGUUCAGUGGUGACUACUGCCAGUGUGAUGACUACUCUUGUGAUCUUUACCAGGAAAUGCUCUGUGGAGGUCCCACUAGAGGGCGCUGUCAGUGCGGCACGUGUUUGUGUAACCCGGGUUACAACGGGACGUCGUGCGACUGUCCUAUCAGUCAAGACACCUGUUUGGCUCCGAAUGGGGCAGUGUGUAACGGUCAAGGAGAGUGUAACUGUGGGAAGUGCAAAUGUGACAAGGAGUCCAGAUGCUAUGGCGACUUCUGUGAACAUUGUCCGUCGUGUGUCGGCGUGUGCAAUUGUAACAAGGACUGCGUCAACUGCCGUUUGUUUAAGAGGGGACUUUAUUCAGCUGAGGAAUGUGAGAAUAAGUGUGGUAAUAUCAGUAUUACUGAGGUGGAUGUAAUAGAAGAUGACGACAAUGGGACGAUUUGUCAGGAAUUGUUCGGAGACCAGACGGAUUGCACUUUUAAGUUCAGUUACGAAUAUGGCACAGACAACAGGCUUAGGAUCAGGACCCAGAAGGUCAUCGUAUGCGCCGAACCCGUCGACAUCAGGCCGAUCAUUGGAGGAGUCGUGGGCAGUGUAUUAGCGGGACUUCUCGGUCUUCUCAUCUGGAAAGUUUGUGUGACAGUUUACGAUGGCAGAGAGUACAGUCGCUUUAAGGAAGAGAUCGAAAACGCUAGAUGGGCGUCGGUAAGUCAAUGUGAUUUAUUUAUUUUAUUUAUGUGA